AUCUACAUAUCUAUAUCUAUAUCUAUAUAUAUUUUAGCAAGAUGUAGUGGUGGUGUGAGCCUGUAAUACCAGUUACUUGGGAGGCUGAGCCCAGGAGAGAUCAUGGCUGCAGCGAUCUGUGACAAUGCCACUGCACUCCAGCCUCGGUGACAGUAAAACCCUGUCUCCAUAAAAAAAACUUCGAACAAUCUGACCGUAACUUAUUUUCUGCCAGCUUCCCAGGGCAAGCCUUCCUAAUUUGCAUGCAUUAAUCUCACCAGUAUUUUUGCUGUAUCAAAUACAUUUUAUGCUCUUUUGCUUCUUUGUGUUCCUGAUCCAAAUUGCAAAUUCUCCCUUUCUCUUUCAAAAUCUAUCAGUCUUUCAUGACUUUGCUCACAUUUUUCUGUUCUGAAGUCUUUCCUAUCCCCACCACUCCAGCCCAAGUUGAGGAUAAUAAUUAACUUUUUUUCUCUUCUUUUCUUUUUGAGACAGAGUCUCAAAGAUAUUCUUUGUCAAGAAUAUCUUAGCUCAUUAUUAGACUGUAGCUAUAGAAAAGCUCUUUGAAAUCUUAUCACUUGAGUAUCAGAUGUAUGUGAGAAAGCAUAUGGAAGUAUUUUAUAAACUGUAAAGUAUUAUAUAAAUGUUAUUAUGGGAAGGCAUAGAACAGGUUUUUUUUUUUUUUUUUUUUUUUUUAAACACUGAGAAGAUAGUAAAAUUCAGAGAUAAAGGUCUGAAAAGGGAACUUGGCAAGAGGGAAGAUCUUGGGGGAUGCUAGACUCCUUUGGGGGUGAAUCUGGUAGUUACUUUAAUGCUUUAUGCCAAGUGAAACUUCCUGAGUCAAAGGAGACUAUUUGUCAAUAGACAUCCAAGUGGUAGCAAAAUAGUUUAUAUAGCUUAAAAUACUGAAAAUAAUGUAUAUGUAGAUGUCAUAUAAAUUGUAGUACUGUCACAUGUAUUAUCUGACUCUCACAAUAAUCUUUGUGAGUUAGGUAUUCAGAGAAUUUAAAUGAUAUGUCUAAGUUACUCGCCUGUUAAGUGGGAGAACUGAGAUUAGAAACCAAGUAUUCAGAUUUUUAAGUCUUUAUUCUUUUGUGCUAGCCCUCUAAGAGGAAUUGAUAAAUAAUGGUUUCCCCUAGAUAAUUUUCAAGUAAUUUGGUACGACUGAGAUAUGUGAGGCAUCGACAGAUAUUAAGGCUGCACAGAUCUUCUGAUUCCAAAAUCAAAGAUAUAUACUUUAAGAAUAUAAAUAUUGGAAUUGAAAUACAGUGAAUGCUACCUAUGGGAAGUUUAAAUGAUUUUAUAUUUUAACAAAAUCAACAUGAAUGAGUAGCAAAUAUUAACUGGAAUAUUUAGAAAUACCAAUUGGACAGUUGUGUGUGUAUGUGUGAGUGUGUGUGCAUGUAUGCUUAUAAAUAAGAACAUUUUGUUAUACAUAUAGUAAUUUUCCUGGAAAAAAAUUUUUCAAGUUCAUAUGAGAUCAUCAUCAUGGUAAGAGUAGCUAACACUUUGGUAGUCCUCACUACGUGCCAAUCACAUUUAAGUAUCACACAUUGAUCGCAUUUAAUCCUCACAACAGUCCUAAAUUGGUAUUAAUGUUACCAGCUUAACAGUUAACAGAGUUAACUCUGUUUGACAGAUGAGGAAGCUGAGGUCAGAGAGAUUUAAGUCCAAGGUCUUACAGCUAUAAGUAGUGUUACCAGGAUUCUAACCCAGGCACUCCAGCUCCAAAAUCUGUGCUUUUAAUCACUAUAUUAUGAAUAUUUCCUGGGUGUCACCUCGGCAAAUAUAAUCACUUUUACAUACUCUGAGGUUAUAUAUUCAAAUAUCUAAAGCACUGUUAACAGAGUUUAAAAGAGCCUCAGUUUAUUUGCUUAUUCUUGGACAGGUAGUAUUGGGGAAUGGAGGUCAUAAUUUUCUAAUAUGAAUCACUAAGAAAUUUCAGGGCCAGGUGUGGUGGCUUAUGCCUGUAAUCCCAGUACUUUGGGAGGCCGAGGCGGGUGAAUCACGAGGUCAAGAGUUCAAGAUCAGUCUGGCCAAGAUGGCAAAACCUCGUCUCUACUAAAAAUACAAAAAAAUUAGCUGGGCGUGGUGGCAUGCACCUGUAAUCCCAGCUAUUCGGGAGGCUGAAGCAGAAAUUUCUUAAAACCUCGGAGGCAGAGGUUCCAGUGAGCCGAGAUUGUGCCACUGCACUCCAUUCUGGUCCAGCCUGGGUGACAGAGUGAGACCCUGUCUCAAAAAAAAAGAAAGAAAUUUCAGGGUCCAAGCACCCUGGUUUAUGCCUGUAAUCCCAGGAUCAAAAUUUCAAGGACCAAGCACCCUGGUUUAUGCCUGUAAUCCCAGGAUCUUGGGAGGUCAAGGCAGGAGGAUUGUUUGAGCUCAGGAGUUGGAGACUAGCCUGGGCAACAUGGUGAGACCUGGUCUCUAUAAAAAAUUAAAAUAAGGCAGAUGUUGCAUUGGCCUGUAGUCCCAGCUACUCGAGAGGCUGAGGCAGCAGGAUCACUUGAGCCUAGGAGUUCAAGGGUGCAGUGAGCUAUGAUUGUGCCACUUCACUGCAGCCUGGGUGACAGAGCAAGCCCCAUCUCAAAAAAGAAAAAAAAAAAAAAGAAAUUUUAGGACUAAAUGUGACCCAUUUAAGAAUUAAAUAUUGCCAGUAAAAGUUUUUCACAGGUGCGUUGGUAAAAUAUGAGAAGUCAUUUGUCCUCCAGCAUUUAAGUGAUGAUCUGAAUUUUGAUGUAAUUUCUUCUGAGACUCAUGGCAUUUUAUCUUCUUCUGUACUAUUUUAUUAUAAACUGAGAAAUGAUUUGUGAGUUGGAAAAAGAAAACUUGUUUUUUAUUAUAUAUGAAUAAAGUCAAAGUAGAAGAUGAAGAUGACAUCAACUGAAUAACAAAUUAUACUUUUAGUUUUUUGUGGUUGAAAUGCUAUCUUAAUUUCCAUUUUUUAAAAAAAUUAGUUUUUGGUAGAGAUAAGGUCUCAUUAUGUUGCCCAGGCUGGUCUUGAACUCCUGAGCUCAAGUGAUCCUCCUGCCUUGGCCUCCCAAAGUGCUGGGAUUACAGGCAUGAGUCACCUCACCUGACUGUACUUUUCUUGUAAUAAAGGGAAGAUAAUUGUGUUUUCAUGGAAUAAGCUUACCAAUGUUUGAGUAGUAAAGUAAAAAUUUAAAAAUGCAAGUGCUAAUUUUUAUAUCUUUGUUAAAAAUGCAGCAUUCUUUAGUUUUAAGAGAAAAAAUGUAUGUCAGUUACUAACUCAAGCUAGUUUUUGUUCUCUUCAAACUUUCCGUCACACAUACAUGUAACCUAUAACAUCAAAUAAGCAGCAUUUAUGUGAUUUCUAAAUAUUUCAGAUAGACUAUUUCUAUGUAUUUUUUUGGUUUUAUUUUAACCUUUAAAAUAAAUAAGCUUUUAUUUAUUUUACUUUUAUUAAAUAAGCUUUGAUCUCAGCUCUUCUCUGUUCCAUUUCCCCUACAGGCUACCGCUACUCUCCCUUUUACAUACUCUUCCUGUUUUUGUCAUAAUUAUUUGCAGGAAUGACAAUCCCACCCCACCCCACCCCCAAAAUUGCCGCAUUCAUAUCAUACAAACUUGGAUGACCAAGAUUUAAUGUAAAGUGAUCGUAUUGUAAAAUGGAUUUUCAACUCCUAAGUAGUAGAGAAGACAUCUCAGUCUGAAAAAGUGAAUAUAAGGGUAAAAUAUCUCCAAAGUACUAUGUACUUUUAAAGAUGAUCAUCUUGAUGCUUUACCCUAUUUCAUCUAUUUGCAAUGGGUAUAUUUGUAAAUAUAAUUAUUGUCUUUAAAUUAUUUUUUAAGGAUAAAUUUCCAGGUGUGGUAUUUAUAGAGCUAUUAAAAUAAUAUUUAGUGGCUUUUACUAUUGCCAAAUGUUUGAAUAAUUUACAAAGCUUUGCAAAGCUAUAAGUGUGCAAGUAUCUGCUCAUUUUACCAAAAGCUAGCCAGAUUGUUGUAUUAAUAGUAGUAAACCACAAUUAUACUUGCUUUCUUAUUAACUUGAAAUGUCAAAGUUGAGGUGAAUUCUUGCUUUUCAACUUUACUAUUAUGAUUCUUAUGUGUGUGUGAUAUUUAAAGAAAUGUGAAAAUCCCUUUUCACCCUUUUCAGUGUCUAGGGAGCCAGAUUUCUUUCCGUCUGUUAAUAUGUAAUACAAUUUCUCACAAAUGUGAAAGACCCGGUCUUCAGGUUCUCUAAAAUAAUUUACUGUGUCAAGUUUUGAUAAUAUUCCUAGCUCUCUGAAAAUGAUUGAAUCAAAUAAGUAUCUUUUUUUUUCUGCAAACACUACCCACCAGAACAAUUUCCGGUUGUUAAACAGUAAAGUCACCAUUCCUUUGGUAGUGAAUAUUUAAAGGAUCUCCCUUGGAAAUGAAUUUUAUAAUAGGUGAUUUUUUAUUAUGUUUUUUACUCUAUGUGAUACUGAUCCUUGCACUGGAUUUCAGUUUGGCAAUAUGCUUUUUAAAACUGGGAGUCUUAAGGUGACUUUGGAUAUUAGCAUUUUUCACUAAGUUUUUUGGAUUUGAAAGUACCUUUUGACAUUGAGUAUUUCUUGGUGAGGCUAAAAAAAUUGAUAAAUAGCUGACAAACCUCUGUAACCUACAGGUAGGCUAGAUCAAUGUUAUACAUUUCUAAUGUCAUGGUGUUUUUAAAGUAGAGAAUUUUGAAGAGUAGAAAAUCAUAGCUGUCAAAAUGCACAAAGAUGAACAUUCAGAAAGAAUUGCUGAAUCAUCAUUGCUUGGCAUAUAGAGUAGGCGUUCUCAUUUCUUUAAAGGUUAACACAUGAUUAUUACCCUUUAUUAUAUUCUAAACAUAUAUGUACAUUUUCUUUUCCUCAUAAAGGUUUUUUAACAUUUUAUUUGGACCGUGUGCAAUUCUUUUGACAUUUUCUUAUUUAUCUCUCUAAUAGAAAUGGGAACAUUUUUGAAAAGAUGUGAAAACCAUACAGGAGAUAAAAGAUGAGUUAUAUACAUAGAAAAUGUCUCAUAAAUACCCAAAAUAUGUUAUACUUUCAAAAGCAGGCAUGAAAAGGGUAUAUAAAUGCUAUGAUCUAACUUUCUUAACAAAAAAUUAUAAAACUACAGCAAAUAACCAUGAAUAUUUAUAGAAAACAGGAUUAGAAGUAAAUACAGUAACAUUUAACAGGGAUUACCUAAAAUGGUAUUAUAGGGAGAUUUUUAAAAACUUUUUUCUGUGUUUUCCAAAAUCUCCAACAAUGAAUAUAUAUUUAUAAUUAGGGAAAUGUGUUUUUGAAAGAAAAAACAUUUCUCAUAUUACUGCCCCUUAAGUGGCAUAUCCAAAUUUUACAUUGAUCUAGUUGCAGUUAAGUCUUGUAAGGAACAUGAGUAUGUACUGUCUGUAACCUGAUACUUUGUUCUAGCUUUCCUGCAGCACCGCAAUUCUUUAAAUAGGGACCCUGUGGGGCGGCUGCGGGGGACGGGGGUUGAGGGGUGGCAGGGAUCUCAUUCAGUUUUAGUUUAGUUGAAGUAACUAAGUUCAGAUACUAAAAUUUCAAAAAUAAGUAUUUGUUCGCCAGAACUAUGAACUCAUGUAUACUAGAAAUAACUAGUUAGUUAGCUAAAAUCAUGUUUAAGUCCUUCACUUAUUUUUAAAUAAUGCAUUUGAAUUUUAUUAUAGAUAUUCUAUUAACAACGUGAAACCAGUACAUAAACUUUCCAGCGUUUCUGAUUGAUAGACCCCAAGAAUUUAGAAAACGAUGUAAAUUACUUGAAAAUCCUAAUUUAAACAACGUACAUUUCAAUAUUAUGUACUUAACAAAUAGCUUAAAAAAUCAAAAAAUACCUGAAGUACGGCUGUUGUUCCUUUUAUCUGUAUAUUAACUUUAACUUCUUUUAACAUAGGGUGUUUAAUGACUGUAAUGAUUUUUCACCUAGUAUGGAGUACAUAAAUAUAUAGUUGUGACAUUCUGUGUUGAAAUAUUGGCAUGUUAACCCAUUUGUCCUGUUUAAUUAGGAAAUAAAGAUGGUAGAGCCAGUCGGAAAAUGAAUAGUUAAUCGUGGAGGAGGAGAAAACAUAGCUCAGUACUUUGACUAGAGGCAGCUGGGAAAGUGACGUCCUGUAGCAUUUGCUGUUCUAGAAAGUACAGAGACACGUAGUGAAAAUGGGAGGAUCUAGAAGGAGGCUGUCUCCUGUGUAGUGUAUAUUUAUCUGUAAGUGAGCCGUUGGGGAAGGAUUGAAUACAGAGACGCUGUCUGCUUGCUGCCUUAAGACAGCUAGCUGAAUUGCUGAUUAACUUUUAAAAUACCCAGCUUGGUUUAUUUUUCUUAGAAUCUGUUGCUAAGACUGGGGACGCUGUUUUCUUUUACAAAGGGAAAUCUAAGUUAAUUUCAAGGCAUUCGAAAUGGGGAAAGACUAUUAUUGCAUUUUGGGAAUUGAGAAAGGAGCUUCAGAUGAAGAUAUUAAAAAGGCUUACCGAAAACAAGCCCUCAAAUUUCAUCCAGACAAGAACAAAUCUCCUCAGGCAGAGGAAAAAUUUAAAGAGGUCGCAGAAGCUUAUGAAGUAUUGAGUGAUCCUAAAAAGAGAGAAAUAUAUGAUCAGUUUGGGGAGGAAGGGUUGAAAGGAGGAGCAGGAGGUACUGAUGGACAAGGAGGUACCUUCCGGUACACCUUUCAUGGCGAUCCUCAUGCUACAUUUGCUGCAUUUUUUGGAGGGUCCAACCCCUUUGAAAUUUUCUUUGGAAGACGAAUGGGUGGUGGUAGAGAUUCUGAAGAAAUGGAAAUAGAUGGUGAUCCUUUUAGUGCCUUUGGUUUCAGCAUGAAUGGAUAUCCAAGAGACAGGAAUUCUGUGGGGCCAUCCCGCCUCAAACAAGAUCCUCCAGUUAUUCAUGAACUUAGAGUAUCACUUGAAGAGAUAUAUAGUGGUUGUACCAAACGGAUGAAGAUUUCUCGAAAAAGGCUAAACGCUGAUGGAAGGAGUUACAGAUCUGAGGACAAAAUUCUUACCAUUGAGAUUAAAAAAGGGUGGAAAGAAGGCACCAAAAUUACUUUUCCAAGAGAAGGAGAUGAAACACCAAAUAGUAUUCCAGCAGACAUUGUUUUUAUCAUUAAAGACAAAGAUCAUCCAAAAUUUAAAAGGGAUGGAUCAAAUAUAAUUUAUACUGCUAAAAUUAGUUUACGAGAGGCAUUGUGUGGCUGCUCAAUUAAUGUACCAACACUGGAUGGAAGAAACAUACCUAUGUCAGUAAAUGAUAUUGUGAAACCCGGAAUGAGGAGAAGAAUUAUUGGAUAUGGGCUGCCAUUUCCAAAAAAUCCUGACCAACGUGGUGACCUUCUAAUAGAAUUUGAGGUGUCCUUCCCAGAUACUAUAUCGUCUUCAUCCAAAGAAGUACUUAGGAAACAUCUUCCUGCCUCAUAGAAUGAAGAACUUUGUUACCCAUAUUUUGAUAAGGCACUGAAAAUAUAAAAGGACUGGCAGUUUACUGAUGUAGAUGUGAAUUCUGUAUAAAGAUGUGUAAAUUCUUUUGAGGGUUCAUUAAAUUGCAUGAAUAGAGACGGGUCAAAUAAAUAGGCAAAAGGGAUUUUUACAGUUAGAGAUAAAAGAGAAAACCAUUCACUGCAUUUUAUUUCAUUUCUCCUGAUUUAGAUAGUUUUAGUAAUUUGCUUAUAUGUAAAAGUUGUUUUUGUGGAGUCAGCAGAUAUAUUUCUAAUAAAGUGCUAGACUAUCCAAUUACUUAAUUUCUUAUACCUUUAGAUAAUCAGUAUGAAAAGUUCCCCUUUAUAAUGGAAAUGAAAAUUCUUAACUAAACUAUACAUGUAAUAUGUAUUUCUAGAAGAGAAUAAAAACCCAAGUCAGUUAUUAGAUUUAAAUCACCUUCUGAAAUGCUGCUAUAGGGCUGCUAUCUGUAAAAGAAUAUCCUGAUGAAUAUAUUUCACCAUUUUGAUUUUUAAAGUAUGCUGUAGCAUUUCUUAAUAACAUCGUUGUGAUGUUCUUAAGGCAGAUCUUUCUUCAUAAAAAGGAAAGUAAUGGCAAUUUCUCUUCUGUGGAAAUCCCAAUUGCUUGAAUUACUGAUAUUUUAGAAAUAGACUUUUUAAAAUGCCAUAUGUAAUUUUAUGCAAGUUGACUAUAUAUCUUGUACUUAAUAAAUUAUAGGCUCAUUUUCUCUGCUAGUUUAAAGUAAUUUGUUUAAUAAUAGAUGUGUUUUUAGAGGAAAUGCUGUUACUUGGAAUUAAUUUUCCAGUUAUACAGUCUUCUAUAACUUACUAAUAAUAUGCUAUAUGUACUUUAUGUAAUUUCCCUAAAAAGAAUGAACUACCACUACACUAUGGUGUUAAACCAAAAUAUAGGGAAAAUAAACAGUAACUGCUGCUUAUGGAUAAUGUUGCAACUACUUGUUAUGCAUAUAAAUAUUUUACUUUUUCAUAUGUAUAGAUUGCAUUUCUUAGGUGUUUUAAUUUUUUAAAUAUAUUUAUGUUUAAAAA